UGUGACGUCACUUCGUGUUCGUCCUUUCCAGAAAAAAUGGCAGCUGUUGACAUCGACGUGCCGGUGGACACAGAACCCCAAAUCCGCAAUCCGGAGGACCUUGAACGGCAAGCUGAAGGCUUCAAAGAGCAAGGGAAUGCCUUCUACAUCCAGAAAGAAUACUCCGAGGCUUUCAACUACUAUACUAAAGCCAUUGAUGCGUGCCCCAAAAAUGCCAGUUAUUAUGGGAACAGGGCAGCCACCCUCAUGAUGCUCUUCCGCUUCAGAGAGGCCCUAGAAGAUUCCCAGCAGGCUGUGCGGCUUGACGACUGCUUCAUGAAGGGUCAUCUGCGUGAAGGAAAAUGCCACCUGUCGUUGGGCAACGCCAUGGCAGCAAGCCGGUGCUUUCAGAAGGUUUUGGAGCUUGAGCCCACCAACAGAGAGGCCCUGCAGGAGAAUAAGAAUGCAACGACUCUACUGGAAUUUGAACGCAUGGCAGAGUUUGGCUUUGAAAAGCGAGAUUUCAGAAAGGUGGUGUUCUGUAUGGAUCGGGCCUUAGGUGUCGCUUCCGCCUGCCAUCGCUUCAAAAUCCUCAAAGCUGAGUGUCUGGCUCUGCUGGGAAGAUAUCCAGAGGCACAGUCUGUAGCCAGCGAUAUCCUACGACUGGAUUCCACAAAUGCAGAUGCGCUGUACGUUCGAGGCCUGUGUCUCUACUACGAGGACUGCAUUGAUAAAGCGGUGCAGUUUUUCGUCCAGGCUCUACGAAUGGCCCCAGACCAUGAAAAGGCCCGGCUAGCCUGCAGGAAUGCCAAAGCCCUGAAAGCCAAGAAAGAUGAGGGCAACCAGGCGUUCAAGAACAACAACUAUGAAGCUGCGUACCAACUGUACACGGAGGCCUUGAUGAUAGACCCCAACAACAUCAAGACCAACGCUAAACUCUACUGCAACCGAGCCACAGCAGGAGCAAAGCUGAAGAAACUCAAUCAAGCCAUAGAAGACUGCAGCAGUGCGAUCAAACUAGAUGACACUUACAUCAAGGCGUACUUAAGAAGAGCUCAAUGUUACAUGAACACAGAGCAGUAUGAAGAGGCAGUGCGCGACUAUGAAAAAGUUUACCAGACGGAAAAAACUUCAGAUCACAAACAUCUGCUUAAGAACGCACAGCUGGAGCUAAAGAAGAGUAAAAGGAAAGAUUACUACAAGGUGCUCGGGGUCGGCAAGAACGCCACUGAGGACGAGAUCAAAAAAGCUUAUCGCAAACGGGCCCUUAUGCACCACCCAGAUCGCCACAGUGCAGCGACUCCUGAGGUGCAGAAAGAAGAAGAAAAAAAGUUUAAGGAAGUGGGGGAGGCGUUCACUGUGCUCUCUGACCCAAAGAAGAAGGUCAGAUAUGACAGCGGCCAUGACCUGGAUGAUGACGGCUGCUUUGAUGGCAGAGAUUUUGACGCAAACAACAUCUUCAGGGCUUUCUUCGGUGGCCACGGUGGUGGUGGUGGAGGAGGGUAUAAUUUUGACUCCAGUCCAGACUCCGGACCUGGAAAUUUCUUUUUCCAAUUUGGCUAAAGCAAAGAAGCGAGCAGGAAAAAUGCAGCCCUGCAGAAGAAAAAAUCAAGCCAGACCCACAGUCACCUCCUGAUGCUCAAACUUUGGAGUGUCUCUCAAAAAAAAUCUCCCUUUUUCUCUUUGAAGAGGUUUGUUAUUAUUGCAUUCACUUCCAAAUUGACUCCACAUUUUGAUGCUAACAAAACACUGGGGACAUAAUUGACUGAUGUCGGGUAUGCAUUAACCUUGUACAUACAAAAUCUUUUUUUUUUUUUUUAGAUUAGAUGAUCAGAACAUGCCCCCUCUUGCCAAAAUCUAAAAUAUUUGACAUGAAAUCCAAUCUUGAAAAAACUCUCAACCUUCAGUGAGGUGAUCAGAAGUAAGAAAUGUAGGCAUCAUGGUGUGAUUAGUUUUAGAAUACUUAUGUGGUUUAAGUUCUGAAGGUUCUCCUUGGACCACAUGUCUUCAUGAGAAAGUCAGUGUACUGUGGAUUUCAGUGUCAAAUCUGACCUCAGGACAGCCUGCGAGUGUGUGUCUAGGUUUUAUUGGCUCACUUGCCAAAUAUAGAUUUGACUUGCAGGGUUUUCUUUUGUUUCUUCACCUUAUCUUCAUGCUGCAUUGUAUAUUUGACUCGAAUGUAAAUCGUUUUGUGUCCAUAAACUUUCCUUUUUUUUCCGUCUUCCCUCCGUCUAUUUAUAUUUAUUGUACUGUAUAUUCUGAAGAGUAAAAAGCAGGAUACCAGUGUUCAUAUUCCCCCUCUUUUUUUUUGUUUGAAACUAAUUUGUCAAAUGUUUUCCACAUCUUUCUCUUCAGUCAGAUUGUGAAACUCCCCCCUGAAACAGGACAAAAUUAGCUUUUAUUCACCUGCAGAUGUUUCUUUUCUUCAAAGCAUGGACCACACAUCUGUCCUACUUACAAGUUAAAAUUCAAGUGGUGCCUUACCAGAAUGAGCAGAUCAAUAAACCCUCUUUGAAAACUGCAUAGCAAGCCACAUCCUGUUCACAAAAGGCAACAGUUACACUUGUGUGGCAUGUUUUUUUUGUUGUUUUUUCAUUGGAAAACCUUUGUCAUAUCUGGCCAGUAUGAGCAAUUUAAAGUGAAUUUUUCAUCUCCUGAACGUCAAACACUUGCAUUUCUUUCCAUGUCAUCAAUCACACCCAGUCAUAAUUAACCUAUACCUGUCAUGCACGUUCUGCCAGUACAGCCCUUCCCCUACCUGUCCCACCUGUUUUAAAGGGGCACUGAGAGUAGGUUGGAAGCUUCUGAUGUUGUUUUGUCACUAAUCUAUGUAUCAUUUUUAAAACGUGUCACAGUAUUAAUAAGACAUGCUUUUCUUAAUGCGAAAAAAAUAAAGGCUCGUCUUUUACUGUA